AUGGUUGGCCAAGCGUUUAAAGUAUUACUUUUUCUUACAUGUAAAUUACUUUGGAAUCUUUUCAGGUAUAAGGGUGGUCGGACACCUUCAGUUAGGUCAAGUGAUAGACGACGUCCUCAAAGCUUUUCUGCAUCAUCUACACUAUCCCCGCGAGUUGUGCUAUCUCGUUUAGAACCUAGGGAUUUUGAACGUCUUCGAUUAUCUUAUAAAGUUGCUAUUGACCAAAGGAGAUCUCGAAGCUGCCGUGGCAUGAACAUGGGUCAAAAAAUUAGUGGCGGCGUUAAAACAGUUAACCGUAAUGAUUCUCAGGCGACGUUUAAACCAAUUAUACCUAGAGAACUGCAAGCGGAUUUCGUGAAACCUGCUCGAAUUGAUAUUUUGCUUGAUAUGCCCCCAGCAAAUCGAGAAGUUCAACUGAAACAUUCAUGGAACUCAGAGGACAGAUCGUUAAAUAUAUUCGUAAAAGAAGAUGAUAAGUUGACAUUUCAUAGACAUCCCGUCGCACAAAGUACAGACUGCAUUCGCGGAAAAGUAGGACUUACAAAAGGAUUACACGUGUGGGAGAUAUAUUGGCCAACAAGGCAAAGGGGUACUCAUGCAGUUGUAGGGGUUGCAUCAGGCGAUGCACCCUUGCACUCUGUUGGGUACCAAAGCUUAGUUGGAUCUACUGACCAGAGUUGGGGCUGGGACUUGGGCAGAAAUAAACUGUAUCACGACUCAAAGAAUUCGGCUGGUGUAACAUAUCCGGCAAUUUUAAAAAAUGAUGAAGCUUUUUUGGUCCCAGAUAAAUUUUUAGUUGCUUUAGAUAUGGACGAGGGAACAUUAAGCUUUAUUGUUGAUCAGCAAUACCUAGGCAUUGCAUUUAAAGGCCUCAAAGGAAAAAACUAUAUCCAGUUGUUUCAGCUGUAUGGGGACACUGCGAAAUAACAAUGCGUUAUAUCG